AUGUGGCUUCUCUGGUGGCCGAAGAACAACGCCUCCGCCGACGCCAAAACUUGCACAUCCUCCGCCGCCGUAACUGCGACUUCGCUCGCCAGGAAGGCCUCCUCCUCCAACUGCAACUGCUUCGCCAAACUGUUGCGCAAACUGAAGAAACGCAGCAGAGUACUCCGUAGCACCGCUGGAGAGAGCAGCAGCACCUUCCAAUGCCGCUACGAUCCUUUGAGCUACUCUCUUAACUUCGACACCAGCGGCUGCGGAGGCUUGUUAGAUGAACAUUACUAUCAGUACUGCGCUUUCUCAUCCAGAUUCGCGUCCAAUCCAGGAAAUGUUUCUCAUUCUGCUCCUGUUGCAACAGUCACUACUUCUCGCUAG